AUGAUCUUCAUAAAGGCUCUACGGUGGGCCAUCUGCCUUCUCGGCAGCAUUGCCAUCACGGCAUCGGCUGCCAAUCUUCCCCAAGUCCGACGCCAUGCUCCAGACUGGGACCUCGCAAAGCCCAUGAAUGGCCUCACCUUUGAGAGAGCAAAAGCCAUCAAGGAGCCGACCAAGGAUCGCACCACGAUGUUCUUCUCGCACCUCAAGGGCAUCAAGGCAAGACCAGGCCAGCAGCACUCGGGCGUCUCUGCUCUCAGCCGUUUCCGUGGCAUGGUCCCUGGCUCCAUCAACCAGUCGUUCCAGAACAUUUCCGCCCUCACUGCUGCCUCUACCCAGUAUGCCGUCCAGUGCGGCUGGGAUGGCGUCCCCGUCUGGCUCCUCUUCGACACUGGAAGCUCUGAUACCUGGGCGACCAAGACCGGUUUCAAGUGCUCAGACGGCUCUGGCGAUUCCCACAACGAGGCUGCGUGUGGCUUCUCCACGCCCUAUAUUGAUGGCUUCAGCCACGGCCAAAUCGACGAGCUGCACUUCUACCUCAAGUAUGGAUCCGGCGAGCGCAUCUCCGGCCCCAUGGGCUACAGCGACGUCUCGUGCGGCGGAGUAUCCGUGUCGAAGCAGCAGGUCGGCCUCGCCAACAACACCUACUGGCACGGCAACAACGUAACCGUCGGCAUUCUCGGCCUUGCGUAUCCUGCAAUCACCAGCGCGUACUAUGGCGACAUUGGCCAGGAGGCGCCGUGGAACGCCAUGAGCUACACGCCCUUCCUCACCAAUGCCAUCAGCCAGGGCGCCAUCGACCCAGUCUUCAGCGUUGCCCUGAUCAAGAACUCGACAGAUGGCGUUAUCGCCUGGGGAGGCUUGCCGCCGAUGGACUGGCAGUUCAGGGGAUAUGCCAAGACGGAUCUGAUUAUUGCAAAUCUUAUUGGCCAGCCUGAAACAGCUUGGAAGUACUCAUUCUAUACUAUUGUGCCUGAUGGCAUGAAAUGGGGCCAGACGACGGAUACCACCAAGUAUCCGUACAUUGUCGACACUGGCACGACGAUGCUCUAUCUGCCUCCUCCCCUGGCUGAAUCCAUCGCCAACUCUUUCCAGCCUCGAGCCGUAUACCUCUACCAAUGGGGCACAUACUUUGCCCCCUGCGAUGCCAUCCCGCCGCACUUUGCCAUCAUCAUCUCGGGCGUCGAGUUCUGGAUCAACCCGGCGGAUCUGAUCUACCAAGAUCUCAUCGACCCGCUGACGGGCUACUGCGCCAUUGGCAUAGCUAGCGGUGGACCCGGGCCGUAUAUUUUAGGCGAUGUGUUUCUGCAGAACGUGCUGGCCGUGUUUGACGUCGGAGCGGCCGAGAUGCGGUUCUACUCGAGAAAGUGA